AGAGAAAAAGUCCAUUGUUGUUGCGAAGUUUUUAAUCUGGCGAUUUAAAGCCCAUCACAUGCUCAGACUGAGCAGCGGGGCGCUGUACCACAACAGGCAAACUACUACAAAAAUCCACGUUGGAGAGGAAACUAUUCAUCCCGAAAAGGACCGAGAAAGACAUUGUAUUCACACAGCAAUGCCAGUGCACUUUUUUGGGGGGACUUUAGGAUUGACGGAAUAAGCGUGCCGACCAGCAAAAGCAAAAAAAUAAAAUAAAAAAAACUUCUGUAGGAGAAACCGGACCGCCUGAGAUUUAUGAUAAAGAUGACGCUCAAGUACAGCCAGCGCUCUCUGAUAGUUCUGUCUUUACUGGGGAUUUUAUCGGCUAUCAUGUCAGUUUUAUCGGUGAUUUUGAUUUUCCAGCUUCAGUCUCAACAGACGGCAGUGAAGGAGUCUCCCCCUUCCACCUCGUCGCUCAUACCCGCUCAUAUCUGGGCCGUCCUGCUGCCCGUCUCCACGGUGCUCUCUGCUCUGUCCCUCACCCUCCAUUUAAGCUCUGUGGUGGUGUGUCUGCUCCACAGCUACUUUUCAACGGAGGUCUGCAGAGGAGAGCAGGACACUGAAAGAGCAGACUGGUUCCUCUUGGAUAGCAGAGCUGUACGACACGUGGCUAUCGGACUGUUUUGCCUGGGGGUUUCUGUCUACUUGGCAGCUAUGUCCAUCUUUAUGCUCCUCAUAUUUGAGGUGGAGACGGGCAUUGCAAGUGCUUGCGUACUCUCCUCUGGGAUCUUAAUCCUACUGGUCGUUGUGAUCCACUCGCUGGUCAAAGCUUCUUAUAGUGCCAAGCACUAUCACGGCGACCACCUCGACACCCUCUUCCAGAAUGACCACGGAAGAUGCAACAUGCCCGUCUCCCGCCACUGCGAGCUCAAAAUUGGCGUGGACAAACCGCGGAUGCAGCGCAGCCAGUCUCACCUCCAGCAUCAGAUCGCCUACCCUCAGUGUGGCAACCCGAGGCAGCAACAGCAGUACUCCCCUGCUGAAGGCUCCCAGGGCCACGCUAGCGAUAAAGACGGCUACAGCAGCGCUGGCAGUGGCCCCCGAAUGCACAGGACCCUGUCUACUGAAUCUGGUUUACUGCAGGCCCAGGCUAAACCCUGGAACGGGGUCAACAAUGAGAUGAGGAGUGUCCUUGCACGCAAGUCAGGGAUUUCCGCAAAAGACUCUACUCUGGUGUGACAUAAAGGAAGCUGAGCUUGUGGUUAGAGAAACUGAUGACCUUUUUAAGCAUCACUAGAGGACUGCUAACACAAGUGUCAUCUCAGACGGAUGUAGAACGGUCAGUUUGGACCUUUUUACACACACACACACAAAAUGGGACAGAGAUUGAAAGGCGUACCCAAGUUUUCCCCUUUAUCAACCGAUUUCUCCUGUUCAGAUUAUAAAGCAUUUUUAAUUUGAUGAAAGACAUAUUGAGCACAACGUCUGUAUAAUUUGUAGUGUUGUUGUAUGAAUGAGUUUGAUUUAAAUCUCCCCAGUGUUGCCCAAGUAUCAACCUGGCAAAUGUGUGGCUUUCAUUGUAAUAAUGUCAAUACUUUAUUCCGCUGUAUAUGGUGGCUUGUUGCCAAAUAUUUGUGCACAAUGUGCAGAUGUGUUUUGUUAUUGGUUGUUCAAAAUUAUUUCAUAUCAAGCAUAAAUUUAAUUUUUUAGAAUAUAUAAUUCAGUUUAAAAGUAGGAUGCUUUUUUUGACACCUGAAAAGGAGAUUACGAUAAUGCUUCACAAAAAACCUGUUAACUUUAAAUGUCAUUUCAAUACACGUGUAAAACCUUUCUGGAAAAAAAUGAAAAUGUAUAAUACAGGCCUGAAUGUGA